ACUUACCAAUGUGCAGUAUCUUCUACUUCGUCUGUAUCUGAAUCAGCCAUGAAUUCUUGCAUUUUGCGACAAAUUUAUCAAAGCUUGACCAAAAUCAAUCAAAUUUACUGUAAAAGGCAACAUCAUGCAACUGAAAGUAUAGCAUUUGAAAAUCAGCCUUUUUCUUGGCUAUUUGUAAGUAACGCAGUGGGAGGAGAAUAUGGUGCCCAAGUUAACUUAGACCUUGACUUAGAAAACAGGUUGCUGGACGAAUCAGCGCAAAAAUUAAAAUUCAAUGUUGAAGCAAGAGGAGCUAACAUUGAUGUUUGCCAGCUAGUAAGUAAUUUGGAUGAAUCAGUUUUUAAAUAAUUUUUUUAUAACUAUAUCAAUGAUGAAACAAGUCUUGAUCUUAAAGAUUACACUAAUGAAGGGGUGUGGUAAUUCAUCUGAUGAAUAAUAAUUAUUGUUUAACAAACAAAAUCAUUAUGAAGAAAUCUAGUUUAAAAAAGACUAAAAAGCUUUAAGAUAAAAUCAUAGAAGAUACUAUAGUGAAAAUCGCUUUUAAAUUUCUUGGAUCUGUCAUUCAGUUUUCCUAAGUUUGCUCUCUUAUAAUCUCAUUAAAAUAUAUUUAUCAGGUGACAGACUAUAAAAAGUUUCAGUUAUUCAAGAAGCAAAGGGCUGACCUUGCUGGAGAGAGGGAUCAAAUUCUAACAGAGUUGAAAUUAUUGAAUGAGAAAUCCAUAGUAAGGAACAUUAAAAAUGUAUAUGUCAACAGUGUUUUGUAUGCACUUAAGGGCACACUAUGCAUAUUUAUGAGCUUUUUGGACAAAUAGAAUAUUAGAAUAUAUAUAGGAGCCAGAAUGAUCAAUUCAUUGAUCGUGGGCCCUUAAAAUAAAGAAGAAGAAGAAGAAAUGUAAACACUCACUAUUUGACAACCUAGAUAUGUAAACCCAAAAAAUAGCAAAAUUCUCAGAGUUUCAAAACUAUUCUAUGGUUAGUUUAGAAGGGGAUUUUUCAUAUGAUAUUUUGCAAUGCUAUAGCAAUUUUAACCAUCAUAUGUGUUGAUCGAUUUAUAAUUUUAGAAAAAAAAACAUGUCAUAGACUUAAUUAAUAAAUGUUAUGUCAAGCAUUCACUAUAGGUUAAAUUGAUGAUUUGCAUUCUGUGGAAUAGUAAAAAGCACUAGUGGUAUUAACCUUUUAUGAAACUUUGCUUCUCAAUUAAUUAUAAGCAUACCAGUUCAAAAAAAGUAUACCGUGUGCUUCAUUGUUCACAGGGCUCAGACGCUGGUGUCGAAUCACCUCUACAAGAUUUACAGAAGAAACUAGCAAUAGUGAAAGGAAAAAUUAACCUUCAAACUGUAAGAAUUUAUAGAAAAAAUUUCGAAACUUUUUUUGUUUAUUUCAUACCUCGAGAUCUUCAUAUGAAAAAAAUUUUUAUGCAGACAAAAGUAAAAUCGAGCAGAAAUUUUUAGAAAACACUGUCUAGACCAGAGUUACCUACUUUAUGGUCUGCAAAAUGUUUGUACACAUUGGCAAAUGUGAGAUUUGUAUUACAAGUAUUGCAUUCUUCUUGUUAAAGAAGUAUUACUUUUUUACAACAUUGCUUAUGUAUGAUGAAGAGGAGAAAAAAAAGGUCAUUGGAAGCUCUUGUCUUCAGGGGGUAUCUUUAAAAUGAAUUUUGCGGCAAGGCUAUUAUUAGUUUAUAAUUAUAAAUAAUAGUUUAAUAUUCAUGUGGUUGUCACUGUGUUAGACUUUUCACUUCAUACCCAGUUUUUUAGUAAUACAGUUUUUUUUGCGUUAAUUCUUAAUUUCAGCCUUAUUGGGAACUAGAAGAGAGUAUAAUGUACCGAUGUUUGAAGCUUCCGAAUGACUUACAUAUUACAACAGUAAGUAAAAUUUGGUGAUAUAGCUUUGGGCAUUGUGGGUAUCAGAAUUUUAAUAGGGAUGUUCCCAAAACUGUAACAUAUAGUAUACCAGUAGUAUAAGAGGUUUUUUUUAAUAAACUGGCUGGCUUCUCACCAUCUGCAAUAUUAAAACUGUGUGAUUUGAGGAUUUAUGUGAUGUAAUGAUGUGUGUGAUGUAAAUGUAAGGAUGUGUGUGAUGUAUGUGUGUGAUAUGUUGUGUGUAAUAUUUUGAAGUGUGUGAUAUGUUGUUGUGUGUGAAGGGAGUCAUGUUAGUGAUGCGAUAUGUGGGAUAUGAUUAUAUGUUUAUUGAGGUGAUGUGUUUGAUGUGAUGAUGUGUAUGAAUGUUUUAGGGUACAUAUGAAUUUUCAGUUCUUCUUCUUUUUACAUUUGAGGGGCCACGAUCAAUUGGUUGAUCAUUCUGGCUCCUGGUUUAAAUUCAGUUUGCCUUCUCUUAGAUGGGUUGCCGUCCAAGGUUAACGAGUCCCAUCCACCUCACAAUUUUUAGAACAUAAAUAUGAUUCUUAUAUCCCUUUAAAAAUCUCAACUUUAUUGUAUAUCAGUUUGCUAAAUUCAAUCAAGUAUACCUAUAUGAAAUAAAGGCUCCAGCUGUUGGUGUUGAGUGUAGAUAUUUGAAUGGAGAAAAAAUAAACUCUUUUUUUGUAACUUUACAUCUCUUAGAUGCAAUAUUGUCAGUAACCACUUCUCAGUUACUGUUUCUUCACAAACUAAACAUUUAUGUACCAAAUUUUUUGUUGUAACUGUUGUUAAAAAAUCUCAACUUGAGAUAAGUGCAGCUUAAAAACUUUGACCGAUCAGUAAACUAACAUUAAAAUUAUCAUAGUGUGUAAAUUAUUUUUUUUUACAGCCUCUUGAUAAAAGACAGAUAUUGAGAGAACACAAAGGAUCAAAAGGUAUGAAAAGUUUUUCUUUCAUUGAAAUGAAGACCAUUUAUUCAUGCUUGUUAUUAAACAGCCUUCACAUUUUUACUAAAUGACUUCACUAUUAAAACUAAUUCAAAGACAUUCUUUUUUCUUCUUUUUUUUUUUCUCAUCAGACUCAACAGAGAAUUCAAGCCAUAUAAAUAUUGCUAAAAAAUUUGACCUUAUAAAAUUCAGGUAUUGGUCUUUUAUUUCUCUUAUAUAAAUACAAAUUUAAAAAAAAACAUUGCCCUAGAGAAAAUUUUCUAAAAUACGUCUAUGAAAAUAUUGAAAAUUGAAGAUGUUGACUGAAAUAACCAAACAACGCAAAGAUAAGACCUUCCAUCAUUGGCUCAACAAAAAACUAUCACCUCUGCUAGCAUCCAUCUACUCCUCUACAAUAAAUCUCAUUUCUUAGCUCAUAUAAUAUAAACGUUUUCAUAGUGCUGGUUUCAUUGUUCUUUAUUUUUUUGCCUUCCAUUGUUCUGUUCAAAGUUUGCCGUCAUUUUCUCCUUGUUUCUGCCUGUCUCAGAUAACCUUCUGUAAUACCUGAUUGAUUUUUUUUUAAACCCUUGAAUCGCAGCACUGUUGGCCCCAAGGCAUACUAUUUGAAAGGGGAUCUGGCAAAGGCAGAGCUUGCGCUGACAAACAAGGUGGUCAAGUACCUCAAAUCUCACAACUACCGCUUCAUGGCAGGUCCUGAGUUUUUUAAAUCCCCAAUUAUUGUAAGUUUAUUAUUCUCUAAGCUAUAUGUGAGUUUUUUGUUUAAUUUGUUGAACUUGGUAAAAAAUGACAUCACCACUAUGCCCAAUGGGCAGAUUGGGGGGCAACGGGGGGGGACGACCACAACUGUGUUGAGAAGAAAAGGAAUUAAAUCCUACCAUGUGCCACUUUAAGUAUUUCAAUUUAUCUUUCCACAGGAAGGCUGCGGUCUUGAUAUACACAAUCCACAUGAGGUAAAUAAUAUCAGGUUUUAAAGAACGAAAAAAGAAAAGACAACAGUAUAGUUUUGUACCGAAAAUGUUAUGUUUUGUAACAAAGUAAGAAUCUGAAAAAUUGUCAUCUUGCUUAAUAAAAUAUUAUAUUUCCAAUGGAAAUGAAAAAUUAUGUGAAAAUGUUGAUUAGAAAUCUUAUUGUUACUAAAAUUACUGCUAACAGAUUCUAUUAGUUGUGUUUCAAAACCGAAGAGAAUAUACAAAAUUGCAUAUGUAAUGCAUUUGAUAACAUUUUAUUUUUUCUAGAAAAAGACAAUGGUAAUCUUCUGUACUACAUUCACAUUUCAAUCGUUAUGUUAGACAAUUGAAAAGUACUUGAUCUCCUGUUUUUUAUUGGUUUGAUACAUAGGUGCUAACAAUGAAGGAAGCUUUUAAAGAAGAUGUAGAACCCAUGAACCAUCUAAUAGGCAUCUCCCCUGCAACAUUUGUAGGUAAGUUCAAGAUCUUCUUGUCUCCCCUGCAACAUUUAUAAGGUAACUUUAUGAUCUAUAAUUUAGUCUCAACAGCUACAAAAAUUGAUAAAGUUAAAUGAAAAACAGACAUGUAAGUUUUCAUUUAGUGAAACAGAAAUGCAAUUCCAUCAUCUUCCUUGCUGUUCAUUGCUUCAACCAUCUGCUGUGAUCAUAAUUUGUUUCAAUUUUUUAUUUUAGGAUAUGUGGCAAAAACAUGUAUAGGAGACAAAGUUUUACCCCUGAAAAUGUUUGCCUGUGGGAGGAGCUAUCAAAAUAGUGAGCAUUUAAUGUUCUUAUUAAAAAUAAUUUUUUUAUAGCUUAUCAAAAUAAAAGUUACUCACUAAUCAUAUCCAGUAUGAAACCUCCUCAAACAAUAUAUCAUUCAGCCUAACACUUUUUCAGUUAAAAUAGAAAAAUUUUAAUAAAUUACAUUACAGCAGCUUACAUAUCCUGAAAUUUGUUAGUGGGAAAAUUGUUUUGAUGGAAAUUUUGUUUGAACGGAAGUUUUUUCAAUAUGAAAUAAGUUAAAUGGAGAUUUAUUUAUUUUAAAAAUGUUUUUUAAGGUAAGGUUCUAGUGAAAAGUGAUAAAAUUUAAAAAAUGUUAAUAAAACGAAUAGUACUAUUACUUUGUUUUUUCCCGCAUUAUUUCAUUUUUUUUAAACUCCUGUUUGAAAUAUUUUUCUUCAAACAAACUUCUUUUGUACAAACUUCCAGUAACAAUCAGUUUUGUGGUCCCUUUGAAGAUUCAUUAAACCCCGUUCAUAGUCACUGGUGAGAACCAGUUAUCUACACCUUGACAGUUCUUCAGAUUUUUUAUAUUGUCUUGAUCUCUUCUCCUAGGCGAUUUACCAGGACUUUACGGAGCUGUUCAGUCCAUACAGGUGAAUAAUGAGCUUAAUAAUGUUGCAUACACUUUUUUUAUUAGUUACUCUGCUUAGAUGUAUCUAUGAUAAUACUCAUAUCACAAAGAGGCUAUUUUGUAUUCAAUGGAAUUUCAUUUUUAAUAUCUUAAAUUUUUUUGAAUUUUUAAAACGAUGAAGUAGGCCAUGUUCAAUGAAAUAAACUAUUGGUGUAAACAAACAAGCUGAAGCUUUAUUUAAUUAUGCAAAACAAAGUAAAAAACAUUUCUUUCGCCGACAUAAAAUAAAUAAAUCAUAUUUGAACCGCUGAUUAUGAUGAAUUAUUAUGCAAUUAAUUUCAGAAAAUAAAAAGAAAGAAAAUUGUAAAAUAUUUUGUUUUAUCUUAACUAAAUAAAACUUCACUGUCCAACCAUCAACUGAACACAGCAAUAAGAUUUAACAAUAAAUUUGUCACAAAUUUACAUCACUGUUGUCAUUUCUUAUGCUUUGAGGUAACCUGUUGUUAGGAAAUAAUGAAGAAGUCUCAUACUAAAAGUCAUACCGUCCACAGGCUGGGGUGUUUUCAUGUGUGAAAAAGGAUGACCUGGAAUUACAGUUUGAUGAAACGGUUAAUUUGAUAUGGAAUUUCUUAGAGCCCUUUGGAUUGUCCAUGAGGUAAAUUAUCUUAAUGCUGUGCCAAAAUGAUACAUUUUUAUUUUGUUUUGCUUAUUUGAUGGAUUAUUUAAGAUAUUGCUUGUAUUCUUUUAGGGUUCUACCUUUAUGUCAUGUCUUUUAUUUUUCAACCAUUUUUUUUCUAUUUAAAAAAAAUGAAAAUAUAAAUUUUGACCUAAAACCUAUGUUAACCAAAAACAUAUUUUUUUCUGAUUCAUUUAAAGAUCAUUAUUUUGUUUAGUUUAGAGAUUAACUGUUUGAUAGUGAUAAUAAAUUACCUGUUGAUCAACUUUAUUCAUUAAAACUUGCUCUUCCUGACUGACAGGUUGUCUCAAGCCAGUGCCAAAGAGCUAAAACUUGCUGAGCAGAGGAGGCUUGAUGUCCAGAUAUUAGCGCCAAGUCUUAAACAACAUGUUACUGUGAGUAGGCCGUUAUGGGUCUGUUAGUGUAUUCUAGUAGUAGUACAUUUCAAAAAGAAGUGAUCCAAAUGGCAAUAAGUUAUUAGUGUAAGAAGCAUGUAAUUUUGCUUAUUUUUAAAUAUUGUUUUCAUGAAAAAAAUUGUUCCAGGCAUUUUCUAUCAGAUUUCAUAUAAUUUCAUCCAUGUCACAGAUUGCCAGUGUUUCUGAUUUGGGUGACUUUGUCAGUCGUCGGCUGAUGGUUAAACACAGCCUAAACCAUGCAGACUUCAGGCCUGCUCCACUUGUACAAAUGGUAAGUUUAGUGUAAAGUUGUUUUUUUAAAAUGCGUGAGACUGCAAUCUAAUUGUAUAACUUAAAUUUAGUUAAUUCUUUUCUUUAUUGUUUCUGUUUGUAGUGGGACACGUGAUAAAUUUAAUUAAAUCUCUCUUUAUUUUGUCAGGCAUUUAUGCAGUGCUCAUUAAAAAAAAUUCCUAGUUAUUUUAUACAAAGUAGUAGACACACGUUGUUUGGAGCUUUACCAUAGACUGAUCUCAUUGUUGAAGGUUUCUGGAAAUACUUCAAUAUUAGAUAUCAAUGAUGUUUUAAUAAUGAUGAAAAUGAAUUAUUAUUUUUUAGACAGCUGUUAUGAGUUUCAUACUUUUAUUUUUCAAUUCAGUUAGCUUAUUUUAUGUGUUAUUAGCUGAAUUGAAAGGUGUUUUUUUUUAAAAAAAAAAGGUUAAGUCCGAAUUUCAAGUUUUGAGAAAACUAUCAGGAAAUACCAAUUACAUUUUCUUAUGGUCAAUCUCAAAAUUAAUAAUGAAAAAUAGUCAUUAUAAUUUUUUGACACAGUCGGACAUAUGUAAUGAACACUGAGGAAACCAACAGAAAGCAUACCCAAAAAUGUGCACCCUUUGAAAAAAAAAAUGCUCUUCAAUUAUUUUUUCAUAUUAUAAGUGACAGAGACUUGAACUUGUUUAUACAAGAUUCUCCAACAAAAUGAGGGUGGCACUGCCAUAAAGCUUAAGUAAAUCAAGCUCCUGAAUGCCAAGACUAGUAAAAUCACCCUGAAUCAUGAAUGUUUAUGGAAAAUUAAUUCUUGCAGAUUAAGGAUAUUGACUUUCAUAAUGAUAACCACAUCCGUGACAUUGAUGUACAGUACAACAGUUCCCCUUCCAUCCAUAAUUUCUUUGUGCCGGGGCCUUGUUCCCUUUUUUCUUCUAUAUGUUCUGUAUAUUCAGUCCAAAAUGUUUUCUUAACUAAAGAAAACUUUAAUUGGAUCUGUCUUACUCAAAUAAAGCUUCACCUUCCUUGUGUAUUUUAAACAAGUUUUCUCAACCAUUUUCCCACCAUUUCCAUUUUCCCCUAAACUUAAUAAAUCAAUUUCAGGUGUCAGGAACAGCUUUAAACAUCACAUCACUAUUGGCUGCUUGGAUGGAGCAUGGUGGCAUUAACCAGGUUAUAUUGAUAGCAUUGUCAAUAGCUUGA